CAAGAUUUAGGUUAUGGAUGAAGAAGAUGAAACCAAAUUCCGGUUUGAUUUUGCGUGUUGAAUCAUCACAGCAGCAUAAUGAUAUCUACUCUCAAAACUUCAGCUUUUGCUAGCUAUCUCAGCUGCUUGACGAUGAGGUAUCCUCUGAUUCCAGAUCUCGACCUUGUGGUCCAUGGUGAGGAACAUAGAGGAUUAUGCCAUGCAAGCUACCCGAGCAUCUUCAACAGCAUGGCGAGCAGCAACGUAUAGAGGAUUAUGCCAUAGCAGCUAACGUAUAGAGGAUUAUGCCAUAGCACCUAACGGAGAGCAACAAUGGAACAAACUAUAUUUCACUGUUAGAUCUGUGACACAAUUGUAGGCGUCUGACUGAGACUCUGGAAUCCGGAUCAGGUGAUAAGAAAUCCACUCACCCGGCCUUUACCAUCAACAACAUCAAAUCCUUGAUUCCGGUUAUCUUAGAUAUCAAAUAAGAUGAAUACUCCUCAUGGGUAUUUCUUUUCGAUGUUCAUCUUCAAGCUCAACGAUUGCUAUUUCUGAUUGAUGGUUCACAACGACCUACGGAUAUUGAUGCCGAAACUGAAAAACAGCUAGAUGCCCUUUGUCGUCAAUGGAUGUUUGCUACCAUGACCAAGGAUCUUAUGCUUACCAUUCUCAAGAAAGGCAAAACCGGAAAGGAGAUUGGGGACCAUCUCAAAACACUGUUUCAAGACAACAAAGGAAGCCGUGCUGCAAAUCUUGAAUAUAAGUUUGUAAAUCUCAAGUUUUCUGAUUGUGCUAGUGUUGAUGAUUAUUGUGAUAAACUUAAAUCACUUUCCGAUCGAUUGAGUGACCUUGAUUUUCCAAUGAACGAUAAACGACUGGUUAUCCAAUUGGUUAAUGUUCUCACGGAGGAGUACAACACCGUGGCAUCCUUCAUCCAACAAUCCAUGCCCACGUUCGAUGCUGCUCGAUCUCAAUUGCGUACUGAGGAAAUUCGGGGUCCACAGCACUCACUCGCCUCUGCACCCACCGCACUUGCUGCUGCUGCUCCUUCAGAUCGCAACUCACUACGCCUUCAUCAGCCCAACAAUGGAAGAAGAAUCCAUCGUCAGCAGCAAAGUGACAAACGUCCGCAGCACGCUCACCACACCGGAUCAGGCCCAACUGCUGCUACCAGCUCAAGCCCACCGUUGCUGCCAACUCCACCAGGCCCACGUCCAUACCUACAGCCAGAUUAUCAACAGUACUGGCCACCUUACUGGGCCAUUCCCCCAUGCCCAUACCCAACUGCUCCUUCCUGGCACCGGCCACCUGCUGUGAACCAGCGUCAUGCCAGCUCCCGUGGGCGAUCUUCUGGACGUAAUCAUGGCCAAUCGUACAUUACUCCAUCGACUGAACUUCUGCAGCCCACUGACAUUGCUGAGGCAUAUAGCUCUAUGCAUUUACAGCCGCCUGAUGAUGCUUUUUAUAGGAUACUAGUGCUACCUCGCACCUUACUGCUGAUACAGGUACUUUACAUAAAGUUUUCAAUUCCAUCAAUGUACGGUCUUAUUUUAGUUGACAAUGGCAAUGGCAAUGACAAUAGUAUUCCAGUUACUGCUAGUGGUAUUAAGUUCAUAACCCUUUCUUCUCGUACUCUUCAACUCAAAAAUACCCUUGUUGUUCCUGAUAUUAUCAAAAACUUGGUUUCCGUUCGCAAAUUCACUACUGAAAAUCAUGUGUCUGUUGAAUUUGACCCCGCUGGUUUUUAUGUGAAGGAUCUGAGUUCAAGGAAGAUUAUCCUUCGAUGUAAUAGUUCCGAGGAGCUUUACCCUAUCACCAACUCUGCCGUACCACCACAAACACCGUCACAGUCUUCCCCAAUUUCUCUUACUGUUUUUUCGCCGGAUAUUUGGCACAACCGCCUUGGUCACCCCGGCAAGGCUAUUUUAGAUGUUCUUUGUACCAAUAAUUCUAUUCAUUGUAAUAAGGAUCAACAUUCUAAACUUUUUCAUUCAUGA